AUGGCUGACGCCCUCACUACCGUCUUCAUUAUCCUGCACAUCAUUUGGUGGCCGCUCAGCAAGAUUAUCAAAGCCAUUGUCAUCCUCCUCACGCCAUUUUGGAUCGUGGCCACUUUCCUCCUCCUACCCUUCAUCCACAUCGGGCAUGCCAUUAUCAAUGUCCUGUCAUUCCCCUUCAGAUUGCAAUGGAUGGAGCGACUCGAAACAAUUUACAUCUACCUCGGCACUGCCGGCUUGAUAGGAUGCAUCACUGGCGCCAUCCUCUUUACCAUCUUCAAAAUCCUCUCAUCAAGUCUCAACAUUGAUGCGACCAGCGUGCCCGAAACACGUGAUAGUGGGCCAACUGCUGCCGAGUACAGGGCAGCAAGGCGGAAGAAGAAGGACGAGUCUAUGGAUUAUUCGCCCAUCGCGACUCCGGUAGUGUUGAGCAAGGUCGCUACACCGCGUAGACGAGGCCUCUUGUCGCAGGCCAUCAUUGAGGAGGAGGAUUCGGACUUUUAA